AUGGCAGACAGUCUUUACGGUGUUAAGCCAGCCUCAAAGACAAAAGCCAAAGAAAUAUCUUCCUCCACCUCCCUCGCCUUCUCUACGAACCUAGCGUCACUAAUCUCCAGUUCUUCCUCAACCAAAAACAAACCUACCACCGGCCGCCCUCGACCUUCCAAGGACAAGCUGGAUAUCUUCACGGCUCACAACAAAAACGUGAAGAAACGCUCAGCCGCCGAUCUCGACGAUGGCCGACAGCGCCACCAGACCCGAGACGACAUUGGUUCGGUGGACGAGGCAGAGCUGCAUCGGUCCAAGAGAAAAAUGGAGGACAAAGUUCGUCUCUAUAAUGCUAUGAAACGGGGCGAGUAUAUUGGAAGAGAAGAUUAUGACGAUCGAGGUCUGGUCGACUUCGACCGGAAGUGGGCCGAGAAUGAGGCCAAAGGUCAAUGUCAAGAUUCUGAAAGCUCCGAUUCAGAAGAUGCGGGGUCAGGUGAUGAAGAAGACCUUGUAGAAUAUUUUGACGAAUUUGGUCGACUCCGGAAAGGCACCAAAGCACAAGCAGCCCGUGAAGAGAGGCGAAUACGUAUGAAGGCGCGUGCUGCUGAGGAAGAGGAACGACUAUCUGCCCGACCUUCCAUGCCUUCCAACAUUAUAUAUGGUGACGCCAUCCAACACGAGGCAUUCAAUCCCGAUCAAGUCAUCGCGGACCGCAUGUCGGAGAUUGCAAAGAAGCGGGACCGAUCAGCCACACCUCCUCCCGACACCCAUUACGAUGCGAGUGCAGAAGUGAGAAUCAAAGGCACUGGAUUUUACACCUUCAGCAAAGAUGCAGAGGAGCGAAAGAAAGAAAUGGAUUCUCUUGAAAGAGAGAGACAGGAAACAGAGAGAAUUCGGAAAGAAAAGGAGGACAAGAGGGACCAGAGGAAGAAAGAACUUGAAGAGCGACGCAGACUCAUUGCUGAACAGAGAGCCAAGGCACAGGCGGAUAAGUUCUUGAAUGAACUUGACCCUGAGGGGGUAUAG